GUCGGGCGGAGGCGCGCAACGCCGCUGCACUCGGCAGCGCCCCGUGGAUGCAGACGAUUUUGUGCAUCAACUCGCACUGUACAAUCUGUCUCUUAGUACUAUUGUACUAGAUACAUCUUGUUGUAUUGGUGCGUUGCGAGGUGGGCAGGCCGAGUGUGUCGCCUGCAUGUCCAUGCACUGGCGGCGCAACAGGGCGAGACGAAUCGGUACUGCCACCAUGUGUAGCUCUGCACCAGCGAGCUCGUGCGGACGAAUUGCUUGCAAUGAGCUGCUGACCACCAUGGGACGCAGGCUCCACCUUCGGCUGCAAGCAGCUGCAAGCUUCGGCUGCAAGGUGACAGUAAGGUGUUUGCGAUGGGCUACGCAUCCUGUGCGAUCCAAGGGCUCCAAUUUUCAAGAGUUCGGCAGGCAUCCGCAGCCACACAGCGCCACAUGACCAUCAUUCAACAUUUAGCAAUUUGAUGACCACGGAGCUCGUUGUCGCGUCGACCAACCCGGUCAAGAUCCAAGCUGCGCUGCUUGGCUUCCAAAAGCUCUUUCCGGACGCUGCGUGCACGGCGGUGGGCGUGAGCAUCCCGUCGGGCGUGAGCGACCAGCCCAUGACGUGCGCCGAGACGCUGGCCGGUGCGCUGAACCGCGCGAGAGGCGCCAAGGCCGCCAAGCCGAGCGCGACGUAUUGGCUCGGCAUCGAGGGCGGCGUCGAGAAGAGCGCCACGAAUCCAGGCGCCAUGGAGGUGUUUGCAUGGAUCGUCGUGCUCUCGGCAGACGAAGCCAAGACGGGCAUGGCCAAGACGGCCAACUUUUACCUCCCGGCCAAGGUCAUCGCGCUCGUCGACCAAGGCAUGGAGCUCGGGCACGCCGACGACGCGGUGUUUGGCCGCUCCAACUCCAAGCAAGCGACCGGGUCUGUCGGCUUGCUGACAAACGACGUCAUCACACGCAGUACGUACUACGAACAGGCAGUCAUCCUCGCGUUCAUUCCGUUCAAGAACCCCGACUUUGCCUUUCCCAUGCCGAAAUAAGCAAUAAGCAACUAGAUUGUACUUCAAGCGA